UGAGCAGCUAAAUAGCUAUAGGGGAUGAGUGACUCUCAGGAAAACUCACGCCCAAAGUCAGCUAGGAGAGUACAAUUCACUUCUAGUACAGACAAUCAAGACCCUUCAUACUCACUCGAUCCGUCUCUAGAUGACAGCCAUUUAGAUAUCGAUGCAUUCAAAAAAUUACAAAUUCAACUUAUUAGAAAUUCUCUAAGCAAAACGGAAUCUAGACCGGAGAGCGUCUCCAGCGUUGAUACAACUAUAUCACAGGACGCUCAAUUAUUACCAGACGACUCAGCUACCCCUGCGUCUUCUACUUUACCUUCGAGAGCGCCAACUCCACCACAAGAAUAUGCUGUACCUAUCCCUUUCGGUGAAAUAGAUGGUUUACCACAGGCUCCUUCUUCCAAGAAAGGUACAUUUGAUUAUUACACAAAGAAGGCCAGGAAACUUAUCGGUAUAAAGAAGGGUAUAGACAAUAAGAAAGAAGAUAAACCUGUCAACAAAGAAGACCCUGAAUCUGGUCAUUCCUCAGACGAUCCCUUCUCACUCAACUACAAACCAUCAAAAUCUAGGGGUGUUUUAUCAACUUUACUCGGUUUACAGGAAUACAGAGACCAGCAUAAAGCCAAAAAGAAAGCUAAGAAAGCUAAUAGACAAAGGCGUUUAUCAACGGACACUUCUUCCUCUGAAGGUACCGUUCUUAGUGGUGAUCAUAUAUCAGAAAAGUCGCCUCCUGCCAAAGUAGCUACUCCUCCAGUUACUCCUACACUUCCAAGGAGCAAGUCUGAACCUGAUUUAGCUGAUAUAGGCAAUGGCGAUCUCAACAAAGACAUGAACGCUUUUAGACAAUACAAGCCUUCUGCUUUCCGCAUUCCAGAUCAAUUACGUUUACGUCCAGAAAAGUACAGACCAAAGACUGCUAGAUCAUCGGCGGGCGUUUUUGGUGCUUUAAUCAGCUCAGGGCAAAAUCUUUCUGGUUUUGUUAGUCCUCAUUCCACGGCUAUCGCGCCCAAUCUCAAACAUCAAGGAUAUAGAUUACAAAGAUACUCACUUGAUCCUACGCUUGAUAUUAAAGAGUUUACGAAGGAUAACCAACAGUCUGAGAAAGGUUCUUCAUUUGAUUUGGAAAGAUCUGGUACAUCCUCCACUGAUUUGGACUCAUUCAAUGCCCAAUCUCAGUCAUCCAAGAAGAUAACUCCAAAGACAUUACUCAAAGAUCAAUUUAGUCAUGUAACAGGAUUUGGUAAAUCGAAAUCACCAGUUGCGUCGCCAGAUGAAAAGUUUAGUAGUAAUGCUUCAUUAGAUUACUUUAGUCUUCCUUUAAAAGAAAAGGAUAAAGAGAAGGAUGCUAGGUCUGAUAAAGAGCUCAAAGAACGCAAGAAGAAUCUUGCUAAACGGAAGAAGGAGGAACUUUAUAUUACAAUGCAUGUAGCCACAGUUCUACACAGACAAGAAUUCUUGUUAAAAUUAAGCAGAGCACUGAUGAUGUUUGGUGCCCCAUCUCAUCGUUUGGAAGCCCAAAUACAAGCUUGUGCUAGGGUUUUGGACAUUCCGCUUCAAGUUGUCUAUUUACCUGGACUCAUGUUGUUUAGUUUUGGUGAUGUAGAAUCUCACACAUCCGAGACGAAAUUCUUGAAGCAAUCUUCUACCCUUGAUUUACGGAAACUUUUAGCCACACACCAACUAUACUGGAGGGUAACGCACGACGAGAUGUCAGUCAGUGAUGCGUCAAAAGAUUUAGAUUUCCUUAUGACUCAGAAGGAUUCAUUUAGCGUCUUAUCUAAUAUCGUCAUCGCUGGCUUUUGCAGUGCAUUCAUCACCCCUUUCGCCUUCAACGGUUCACUUAUUGAUGCUUGUCUUGCUGCACCUCUUGGUAUGUUUUUGGUAGCAGUUCAACAGAUAGCUGUUAAAAAUGAUCUGUUUACGAACAUUUUCGAAAUUUCAAUGGCAGCAAUGAACUCAUUUUUAGCGGCUUCUCUUGCCCAAACACAUAAAGUUUGUUAUUCAGCAGUCGCUUCCGGUUCAGUAGUAUUGAUUUUACCUGGUUAUAUCAUUUUAUGUGGUGCUCUCGAAAUGUCAGCAAGAAACAUCAUCGCUGGUAGCGUUCGAAUGUUCUAUGCUAUUAUAUUUUCUAGUUUCUUAGCCGUUGGCAUGUCUAUAGGGUUCCAAUUUUUUAAACUAGUAACAAAUCAAUGGAAUAAUGAGGAUACGGCAGCUGACGACUUUUCAUGUAAUGCUGCUCAUCCUGAUGGUGCACCUUUCUAUCAGCAACAAAUUGAUCCUUAUUGGUACAUACUUUGCGUACCCGUCUACGCUAUAUUUAUUAGUUUAAGAAAUAAAGCAUCCAUCAAAUCACGUGAAUUACCAUUGAUGGUUAUCAUUGCUAUUUGUGGUUACACUGUCAAUUACUUCGUCAAACAACGUAUUUCACGUGUAGAUUUGAGUAGUGCAGUUGGUAGUUUCACUGUUGGUCUUAUUGGUAAUCUUUGGGGUAAAUUUACAACUUCAAGACCUGCAUUUACAAUGACAGCAAGUGGUAUAAUGCUUUUACUACCAACGGGUUUAUCAGAUGGUGGUAUUCUUUCAGUUGCAAGAACUAAUUCUACAGAUAAUUCCUCACUUGGGCUUGGUACAAGCGGGAGCUUGAUUCAAGCCGCUAUUGGUCUUACAGUAGGCCUUUUCGCUGCUGCAGUUGUCGCCCACCCAUUUGGUGGUACAAAGAGAAGACGUGCAGCAAUUUUCUCAUUUUAACGACUUUUUUGCAUUCAAAUAUAUACAUGUGCUGCGGGAUAGCACACAUUUAACGAUCAUUUGAUAUCAUUCACUCAUUCUUGUAUUUAAAUUACAUCCGGACGAUUAUUU